AUGUCGUCCCAGUCGGAACCAAAUGUCCAACUCUCCAGGAGAGUCAAAAAACCAACAGACACCCUCUACGAGGAUACUACCUGCCCUGUCCCUCCCUCCGGGAGGGAAAAUCAACAGUCACAAAUAUCCUAUCCUUCUAAAGCCAAGUGCUGCAAGAUUUUGGUAGGAAUAGCCAAAUGGAUGCUGUCUACAUUGAUCUCUCUGACAGGAUUAGCCAGACACCUACCGGCCAAGCUUGAGAGUCGUGAAAUCACUGGGUUGAUGUUGCAAUGGUUUAAAAGCUACCUCAUGGAAUGGAUGCUGACUGUUACCUACAGAAUCUACAGUAUUAAUACUAAAUGGCCUGUAAGGUCUAAUAAAGCUACGGCCCAGUGUAGAUUUUAUACCGCAGAUGCGCCUCUACCAAAAGGCCAACCGAAAGCGGCAAAAGGUAUAGGACCAAUAACAUGGAAAUCAAUGGGUAUCACUGCAGCGAUUGGUUCUUCGCUUUUGGUUUUCAUGUUGUAUUUGAAAGGUGAAAAGGACAAAGCUCUUGCCAUAGAGAGAAAGAGAAUGAUUGGGAAAACUGCCAUCGGCGGCCGCUUUGAUCUUGUCGACCACGACAACAAGCCCGUGAAAAGUGAGGACUUUGCUGGAAAGUGGCUUUUAAUGUAUUUUGGUUUCACUCACUGCCCCGACAUCUGUCCUGAAGAGAUGGAAAAACUAGCAGAGGUGGUUAAUAUACUUGACAAGGACGAGGAAGCGAUGAAAGUAGAGCCGCUGUUCAUCACAGUCGACCCUGCGAGAGACUCGGUGGCAGUGGUGAAGAAGUACGUCCGAGAGUUCUCUCCUCGCUUCAUCGGUCUGACUGGUACCGAAGACCAGAUACAGAAAGUGUGUCAUGCUUACAGAGUCUACUUCAGCGCCGGUCCACGUGGUGAGGACGACGAUUACAUUGUGGACCACACUAUAAUUAUAUACCUGGUGGACCCUGAAGGAACUUUCAUUGACUACUACGGACAGAACAGAAAUGCACAAGAGAUCGCAGACAGUGUCCUAGUCAACAUGUCCAAGUAUAAGAUGGUCAACGAUAAAUCGUGGAUUGCCAAUCCGUUUGGAACUCACAGCAAGUUGACAGCUUAAAAUGUUAAAAGUAUUGCAUCUGAGAACCGUAUUUAGAUUCAAAACAAUCUCAUGAAGUAAUUCUUUUUUGUAAAAUAACAUUUUGUAAUAAAAUAUAACUAUUUAACAGAA